GGUUAUGUUAAAUGUCCAAAUUGUUCAGAAGAAAACAAGAAAGUAGUUAAAAUUGUUUUUAUCUAAUUUCUUUCAAAAUAUGAUUCAAUUUUAAAAAUUCUGAUUAAAAAAAUUAAGAUGGAUUAUAGUGAAUUUAUUGUAACACAGUGCCCACAAACUGUGAUUUACAUCCCAAAUUUCAUCACAUCGGACGAGGAGAAGUACAUCUUGUCCUGCGUAGCUGCAGCACCUAAGCCAAAAUGGACGCAACUGCUAAAUCGGCGGUUAAUAAACUAUGGCGGAGUUCCGCACAAAAAUGGCAUGAUUGCAGAGGAGAUGCCCGUGUGGUUGCAGACUUUUGUGGAGAAGAUUAACAAUUUGGGAGUGCUGGAGGAUAAGAAGGCGAAUCAUGUGUUGGUGAAUGAAUACCUUCCGGGGCAGGGAAUUAUGCCACACACCGAUGGUCCCCUCUUUCAUCCUGUGAUCUCCACAAUUUCCUGCGGCUCCCACACAAUUCUUCGUCUGCAGAAGAUGGCGCCCACAAGUGCUGGAAAUGAGAGCGUGGAAGAUGAUUCUCAGGCUGUGCAGGAGAUUCUCGUGGAACCACGUAGUUUACUCCUGAUUAAGGAUAAAGCAUACCAUGAGCAUAUGCAUUCAAUUGAGGAGCUCCUCGAAGAUAGGAUUGAUGAAGCUGUGAUGAACCUCAGUCUGUGUGAGAAGAGCUAUAGUCCAGGGACAAUUCUUGCCAGGAGUCGUCGGAUCUCCCUAACAAUCCGACAUGUGCCCAAGACCAGUAAGAUGAAGAUCAAACUGGGCUUCUAAGCAAAAAAAAAAACGUUAUUUAACCGUUUUAUUCGUCCUCCAAUUCAAAAAUUCUUGUAAGAUCUCUUCAAUUCAGUAAUUUAGGGAUAUUUUUAGGAACUACAUAGUCCUUAAAAAAAUUAAAGCAUAAUCAAAAAAAAUGUAGGGAAGGUGGAUAUUUUGUGUCUUAAAAAUGCAUUUUUUAAAGCAAAAGCUUCAAUUAAAAAUUUUCGCGCAUAGACCGUUGAAGCAUUAAAAAAUUUUGCCUUUUAUGCUCAAAUGCUCAAGUGCUUCGGAGCAGUAAAAUGUGCCAAAUUAAAAGGAAGAAUUAGGAGAUUGUAAGAAAGGAUAAUUUAUUCCAAAAAAAAAUAAAAUAUUUGAAUUUA